AGACAUCGCAGAGCCGGAGAGUAGCCCGGGCUGCGAGCAUCUCCUCCGCCGGUGCAGUGUAGUGUGGCUCGCGCCUGUAUACGAGGGAGCGAAGGUUUCGCUGCUCGUACAUUUUUUUUUUUUUUUUGCUCUCGCAGGAGCUUUGAAUUUCGCGCGCCGAAGCCGAGGGGAUCAUUAAAUAUACGCGUUCGGGUGCAGCAUAUUCAGUGCGGUGUAUUCAGUGAGAAAAUUAACCGAGUGCGAGACUCUUGCGCGCUCGCGACGCGUUUGACAAAAAUAAUCUCGCUCGGUGUCCCUCCCUCUCUCUCUCUCUCUCUCUCGUCUGCGCGGCGGCGGCGGCGGCGCCCUCGGACAGCAAUUUAUACGCUCGCGAGAAAGAGCAGUUUCCUCGAGGCAGUGCAGCGACGCGCAGAACAAGACGAUGUGACGCGCGAGAUCGGUAUCGUUAUGAUCCAUAGUGCGUCGCGAGUGUGUGUGUGAGAGAGAGAGAGAGAGAGUGCGACGAUGCUACUGCGAUCGGGAAGAUCGCCCCCUCGGAGCAGCAGCAGCAGCAGCGAUGCAGAUCGGUCCGAUUAUGGAAGCGGUUGUCCGCGACUCGGCGCGAUAAUGCUGACGUAAUAUUACCUCUUUCUCCUCGCUGCAUCUCUGAUCGAAUGCGCCAUAGCUAAAGCUUGAGCCAUGACGUUGGAGCCGGUGUUCAACUGGACGACGUCCGAGGACAACAACAGCAACGGCAGCUCGGUCGGUAACCUGAGCAUCGUCGCGACGAGCUUGGGACCGCCGAAGGAGUGCGACCUGCCGGUGAACGACGGCUUCCUCGAGUUCUUCGUCUACGGGAUCCUGCUGAACGUGGUGAGCUUCCUCGGGAUCCUCGGCAACGCCAUCUCGAUCAUAGUCCUGUCGCGGCCGCAGAUGAAGUCCUCCAUCAACUACCUGCUCAUCGGCCUCGCGACCUGCGACACUAUUCUCAUUCUCUUAUCCGUGCUGGUGUACGGAAUGCCGGGAAUCUACGCCUACACGGGCUACCUAUUCCACUACAAGUUCUUCGUCUACCCGAAGAUCGUGAGGUACCUGUACCCGCUCUCGACGACGGCGCAGAUGGCCACGGUCUACCUCACCCUCACCGUCACCAUGGAGAGAUACGUCGCGGUUUGCCAUCCGCUCAAGGCCAGGUCGCUAUGUACCUACGGAAGAGCCAGGACGGCUCUGCUCCUCAUCGCCCUCAUUUCCAUAUUCUACAAUUUGCCCAAGUUGUGGGAGGUGCAGCUGAGCGAGGAGAUUCACUGGAGGUACAACAUCACGGUCUACUGCAUCGGUGCGACGCAGCUGCGCGAGAACCCCCUCUACAAGACCAUCUACGUGCACUGGCUCUACUUUUUCGUCUACUACGCAUUCCCCUUUGUGGCCCUCGUUAUUUUUAACGUAGCCAUCUACAAGAGGGUAAGGAAAGCAAACCGAGAUCUGCGACGACUGUCGCGUCACCAGCGCCGGGAGAUCGGCCUCGCGACGAUGCUCCUCUGCGUGGUGAUAGUCUUCCUGGUCUGCAACGUCCUGCCCCUCGUGAGCAACGUCUACGAGAACAUGUACGUCAAUCCGCCGGGUUGGAUGAUCCAGAUGGGCAACCUCUUGGUCACCUUCAACAGCGGCGUCAACUUCGUCAUCUACGUGAUCUUCGGUCGCAAGUUCAAGCGCAUCUUCCUGAAGAUCUUCUGCCGAGUCUCGGGCGAAACGGGCCUCGACUGCAUGGGUCGUCCGAGUCGAGCCGACAGCCCGGACUUCCAGACGAACGAGGACUCGAUCGCCACGAAUCUCAGCAACGUCGAGCUUCGCAACUCCAUUCGCAGGUUUCACGGCAGUCAUCACCAUCAUCAUCACGGCAGUCAUCACGGCAGUCAUCACGGUAGCAACUCCCUCAGGCCCGGAGGAGGCAGUACCCACAGCGGUGCUAGCAACGGCUUCUCCCGAUCCUCGGUCUACUAUCCCACCUCGCCCAAACCCGGAUUUCACAACAACGGCUCGAACCACUCGCAGCACAACAAUCACCAGCAUCACCACAGGGACAGAAGCACGAACCUCGAGGACACGACUUUCUGCUGACGCGCUGGCUUAUAUCGCGUGCUUGCGUUUUACGAUAUGCCUGCCCGCUACUGUGUAGCGCCUCAUUGCUCUUCAGCUCUCUUGACUUCUCAUGCAGGCGCGCGCGUGCCAUACCUAUUACCUACCCCCUUCUUUUUUAUCGACGCGACUGCUCUCUGCGACGUGCUCGGGAUCCGCUAUGUGGAUUGCGCUACGAUGACCGUGUGCCUGCGGCUGCUGGGAAACUGUAUUGAAAUUCGUUUAUUUAUUAUUUGUCUGCUUGGUUCUGCGUAGACGAGAUUUACGGAGUGUUCUGUUGCUAGGCUGGCAAUCUGAGGAUUAUUUUGUCACGAAAUCAAUUUUAUUGCUAGUUAUUUUAGUUAUGUAUACCUAUAUUUCAUCGUUGAAUUUCGUUAUUAAUCGCUUACGCGAGAAUAAUGUACAAAGUAUACUUCACUUGAGCGAUUUCGUAAUUGUAUUUUUUCAAGGGUGAAUUUUGUGAAAAGAAGAAAUAUCUAUUUUUUUUAAAAGGUUACCGCGUGUACGUUUUAUUUUCCGAUUUUCAUUUCGAUAAUCACACUGGUACCUCAUAGUCUUGGUCGAUGAAGUACCUUGAAAAAGGUCGAUUAGGACCGUAUAAAUUUGCGUGAAUGUAUAAUACGAUCUUGUUAUAUAUGUAAUUAAUUACAAAUUAUAGUGCUUUGUUGAUUUUAUCAUAAAUUAGCUUUAGUUAGAUCGAAUAUAGCUUUAUCAAUUUUGUAAAAAGAAAAAUGUUCUAGUUUUAUUAAUAUUAAUAAUUGCAAAGCUGUUACGUUUCAGUAUUAUUCAUAAGGAGAACGGUAAACACCACAGCUGACCAAAGUAUAAAAAACGAACUCGUGAGUAUACUAGCAUGUAACGUGUCGCAAACAGUUACUAUUAUAUCUAAUAUAGAUCUUAAAUUUAUUCGAGACUCGAAUGAAAAAAUAAUUUUUCGAUUCGAGCAUUCGUUUCUCAGUGUGGUCGAGCAUAUGUAUAUGUGCAAAUACUUUACAAAAUCUCAUUAACUGCCUACAACGUUUCCGUUUCUCGCCACUUAUAAUAUACUAGAUACAAUUUUGCUUUAUCUUCGAAAGUGUAGAAAUGAUUUGAAUUACAUCAUAUAAAUAAAUAUUUCAGUUUUGAUAAACGGCGCAUAAAUAACGUUGUACGAUUUCUUUGAAUAAAUUGAUAAUUGAUGUAUACGUGGAAAACAGAACUUGUCUACUUAGAGAAAGUUUCCCGAUAUUAAUGUGAAUGAAUCUAUUUCGUUUAUCGACGAAAAAUCAAAAACUUGCCUAACAACUCGCGUAUAAAUAAUCAAGUAUGAUUAGAUCAACACUACUUAACAUGCAUGUCAUUUUCAUCGUCUUGAGUACCUGUCACUCACAACUCUACGCCUGCAUUAUAGGGCAGUAUGAGCGUAAAUAUACAUUUAUCACGUCAAAGAUUCACGUAGUAUAUACAUAUAGUCAAUGGUUUAUCCGCAUUUAGCCAAGAGUUUUUUUGAAGAAAAUAACUGUAUCAUUGACCUUGCCAGAACUUCACUGUGAAUCGAUAAAAUACACUACUGCACUGGGAAAAAACUAUUGAAAAAAGUGAUACAAUUUCUAUUACUCCUUAUUUUUUUACGCAAAUAUGAAAGUUCAACAAAUUUUUAAGAUAGAGAAAUUUCACGAUAACGUUGGAUUUUGUAAAUAUUCAUUUAUUUGUAUAAGAAAUAUUUAUUGUUGAUUUAUUUUAUCUAUAAGCAUUAUUAUAAUAUAUUUAUAAAGAUUUUACACCAAACAAAAAUGAGUUGGAAUUUUAUCUUAAAAUAUGAAGUAAUAUUCAAGGCUAAUCAUUGCGAUUAUUUCAAAGGAAUCGAAACGAGAAAAGUGCCUUAGAUUGGCCAACAAUUUUAAAUACAAUUAGUUACGUGUGUGUAAAGUCUAUACUAUAUCUCCUACAAACUCGUAAAUUUUGUGAAAACUGCUAAGAUCACCAUUACUGAUUCGAACUGUUAUAUCUUGAAAUAUUUGAAGAAGCUUUGAAGCGAAAGACAUUAUACGCGCGAAUAUCUAUAUAACUGCAUGCUGAUGAUGGUCAUAGAUCUUAAUAAGUAUAUAAACUUUGAAUAAACUCGUAUUUGAAUUGGUGCGUAUCUGUAUAAACUAGGCGUUCCAUCUUUGUACAUACAAUUUUCACCACAUUGCACUUUUGUAAAUUAUUCCUAAAGCAUCUAAAUAUUAUGAAUCUGUGAAACUUUUUACAAAACUAUAUUUAUAUCAAAGCGCCAUUAAAUUUGAAUUACAAAUCACAAAACCAAUAAUUAUGAAAUAGAAUAUUUUAAUAAAUCAUUUUUCUUUAGGCGCUUAUUAAGUUUUAAUAACGAUUCAUUAAAUACACACAAUGUGGGUGAUGAUAAUACUAAUCACGAAUGUUCCAGGAUGUUACGGCACAAAGGAAAGGCUCAUGCGGAUGUGUUACAAACGAUAUUAGUUGAUUUGUAAAUUUUAUCGUUGCCAGUCGAUUAAAUAAUUUAUAAUGUAUGUACUACUACUUGUAUAUAUAUAUAUGUAAUUAAGAUUACAAUCACUAGAUUGGUAAAUAUUUUAACAGUUUUAAAGAAGUUUCAAUUUUUAUGAAAAAAUUAAUUUAUAACAAACUGUAAAUCAGCAUUAUUUGAAUUGCAAAGGUACGAUUUAAUGGUCAACUAAAAAAUAUUAUGUGCGGUUUUGCAAUGUAAAAAAGAGCUGUAAUUGCCAAGACUGUUAUGUACAUGUAGCAUAUUCAACGUGCUUCCUUUUAAAUUUGUCCAUCUUUGAUAAUUAAUGAAAUAACAUCCUGUACUUUAACACUUGAUAAAAGUCAAAGAGCUAUAUAGUUUAUAAGAAAUUAAAAAACGAGUAUAUGUGUAA